AUGCCGCCCGCUGGUGCCGCCGCUCGCAGGCCCCUAAACCAUGACUUCAAGUUCAAAGAGGGCAACGACGUCUUUGCGCCGAAGGACCUGGUGGAGCUCGCAAGGCCAGGAACCGGCAUACCAAACGCGCCGGGUGACCUCGUCCUCGUGUCGUCGAGCAAGUAUUCGUUUAAGGCCAAAAAGAACAACAAGUCGAUCUUCAUCGCACCCCUCGAGUCGACCGUCCAGCCUCUCGAGAUCCCGCUUACGACCGGCGGCGACGCGUUCUGGCUCGACUCGCGCACGGUCGGGCACGUCGUCGCGAGCGAGGAGAAGGACGUGCAGGAGCUGUACGCAAUCUCAGUCAAGUUUACCGCUGAGGACGCUCAGGCGGAGCUCGCGGUUGCGCCGGAGUCGCCCGUCCUCGUGGGCUCGUUCCCGACGAAGGGCGCGGGUAACUUCCGCUUCGACGCCGCGUCCGGACUGCUCGUGUUCUCGGAGUACGUGUACCCCGACGGAGAUUUGAAGACCGUCAAGCAGCAGGACGAGGAGUGGGGGAACCGCGGUAACACGGCCUGGGUCUACGACGACACGUUCGUCCGCCAUUGGGACACCUGGCGCGGACCCAAGAUGCAACAGCUCUUCGCAGUCAGCUUGCAGCAGGACUUUGGCCGCAAGUGGCACCUCGGCACCGAGUUCUAUGCUCCCCUCAACGGCACUGGCCAUUCAUCUCCUGUCGAGCCGUUCGGCGGCACUGACGACUUUGACGUCUCGGGAGGCCGCAUCGUGUACACUGCCAAGGACCCCGAGCUGCUCCCUGCGGCCCAUACCAAGCAAAAUAUCUACAUCGUCAAUGCGAAGGGUGGCUCAAAACCGGUAGAAUUGACCUCCGGAAAGCAAGGCGCCACUCAUUCGCCGGUAUUCAGCCCCAAGGGUGACAAGGUCGCCUGGCUGGAACUGGACGAGGACGGCUACGAGUCCGACAGGGCGAAGAUUGUAAUCUACGAUCUGGUGACUGAUGUUCGCUACACGCUCACCCAGGACUGGGACCGCUCUCCCGACGCCAUCACAUUCGCCACCGACGGCAAGUCGCUCUUCUUCACCGCCGGCGACGAGGCCAAGAUCAAGGUCUUCAACGUCCUCCUCCCGCCCACGCCGUCGCAUUCCACCACGCACCCCAAGUUCUCCGCCGACUAUACCCCGAAGGCGCUCACCUCCAAGGGCGCCGCGUCCGGCGUGCGCGCCUUGCCCAACGGCCGACUCGUCUUUACCGCGUCGUCCCUGACCAAGCCGAACGACGUCUACAUCAUCCGCGGCUUGGACAAGGAGGGCGGCUCGACGGACCCCAAGAUCGAGCAGGUGACGAAGUUCACGGAAGAGGCGCUGAAGGCGAAGGAGCUGCCGGACGGCGAGGAGGUGUGGUUCGAGGGCGCGGGCGGCCGGAAGGUGCAAGGAUGGGCAAUCAAGCCCAAGGGGUGGAAGGAGGGCGAGAAGAAGAAGUGGCCGGCCGUGCUGUUGAUACACGGUGGACCGCAGGGCGCUUGGGAGGACCAGUGGUCGACCAGAUGGAAUCCUCAGGUGUUUGCGCAGCAAGGCUAUUUCACCGUGGCCCUGAACCCGACAGGGUCUACGACUUUUGGACAAGAGUUCACUGAUGCCAUCGCCGAGGAUUGGGGAGGGAAACCGUUCGUGGACAUGAUCAAGGGCUGGAAGCACGUCCUAGACAAGUACCCCGAGAUCGACUCCGACAGGGCCGUUGCUGCCGGUGCCAGCUGGGGCGGUUACGCGAUCAACUGGAUCCAGGGUCAUCCGGAAUACGGUUUUGGUUUCAAGGCUCUCGUGGGUCACGACGGGGUGUUCGACGCGAACUACAAUGGAUACUCGACGGAUGAGCUCUUCUUCUUCAAUCACGAGUGGGGAGGAGCCCCGUGGCAGGCCAAGAGCAAGGCGCUGUCUGAGAAGUACUCCCCUUCGAACUUCGUCGCCAACUGGUCCACGCCGCAGCUGCUCAUCCACGGAAGCAAGGACUACCGUCUCCCGGAGACGGAGAGCAUCGGCGCCUUCCACGCCCUACAGCAGAAGGGCAUCCCGAGCCGCCUCGUGAUCUUCCCCGAUGAGAAUCACUGGGUCCUCAACCACGGAAACAGCCUGAAAUGGCACUACGAGGUCUUCCGCUGGUUCGACGAGUUUGUCGGCGAGCAUUGA